AUGAGACGCUCUAGUCGCGGUACUGGACACGACCCGUUGCGGACAGCUUGCUCGUCUGCCAACUUGGCCGACCGUUCGAGCGCUGACAGUGGAAGCUGCAGUCGAAACAGCGAAGCCUGCCUAAGAGUUAGACACGCGUCCGCUGCAUUCGGAACUGAAGCGUCGGCGGGCUCGGGGCCAAGAACUGAAGUGAUCGGCUCGGGUGGUGAACCUGUGCGGCUGUGUGGGUCCGGUUGGCACAGCCGCUGCGACUGUGCAAAUGAUCAUACGGACGAGCUUGUGAAGGUGGUCAUGACGUACCAAUGCAUAGGAGAUCCAACUGAAGCGCAGUUGCAAUAA